AUGGCUCCUCAGAUUGUUGACGCCCCUCCUACCACCAUCGACCUGGAAACGGGCCACGAGAGUGAGAACAAGAAGAACACUGGCCCGGACGAGAUCUCCGCCAUCGACGAGAAGAAGGACGAUCAGAUUCCAGCCUACCAGCAGGAUGCCUUUGGUAACGAGGAGUUUGCCGAAGUCAAAUACAAGGUCUUGAAGUGGUGGCAAUGUGGGUUACUCAUGGUCGCCGAAACCGUCUCUCUAGGUGUCCUCUCGCUACCCAAGGCCGUCGCAGGUCUAGGUCUAGUCCCCGCUAUCAUCAUCCUCAUCGGGCUAGGUAUCAUAGCAACAUAUACGGGUUAUGUCAUCGGUCAGUUCAAGUGGAAGUAUCCGCACAUCACCAACAUGGCGGAUGCGGGUGAGGUCUUGAUGGGGCGGUUUGGGCGUGAGUUGCUGGGGAUUGGACAAAUGCUGUUCCUGGUUUUUAUCAUGGCGAGCCACAUUCUCACGUUUACGGUGGCUAUGAAUACGAUCACCAACAAUGGGACUUGCUCGAUUGUGUUUGGGGUUGUGGGGACGAUCAUUUCAUUUAUUUGCUCGCUGCCUAGGACGUUGGAGAAGAUGUCGUGGCUUUCGCUUGUUUCGUUUAUCAGUAUCCUUUCUGCGGUGAUGAUCACCAUGAUUGCGGUUGGUGUCCAAGAUAAUGGAGCCGCUGUUGAGGCUACUGUGAAGACCAACCUUUUCCACGGCUUCACUGCAGUGACCAACAUUGUCUUUGCUUUCUCCGGACACGCCGCCUUCUUCGGCCUCAUGGCUGAACUCAAGGAUCCUCGCGACUACCCCAAGGCCCUUUGCUUGCUCCAGGGUAUCGAUAUCUCACUGUAUAUCAUCGCUGCCAUUGUCAUUUACCGCUACACCGGCGCCGAAGUCGCAUCUCCCGCCCUUGGAUCAGCUGGUACUCUAGUUUCCAAGAUUGCCUACGGAAUCGCGCUGCCAACUAUUAUUAUCGCUGGUGUCAUCAACGGUCACGUCGCUUUCAAGUACGUCUACAUUCGGCUCUUCCGCGGCACGGACCGCAUGCACAAGCGUGACUUAAUCGCCGUUGGCACCUGGAUUGGUAUCGGCCUGGCCCUCUGGAUUAUUGCCUGGAUCAUUGCCUCUGCCAUUCCAGUGUUCAGCAAUCUCCUGAGCUUGAUUACUGCAUUGUUCGCAAGUUGGUUUACCUAUGGCCUGAGCGGGAUCUUCUGGCUGCAUAUGAACAGGGGCUUGUACUUCUCCUCCCCAAGAAAGAUCGCUCUGACACUUCUCAAUGUCAUUGUCGUCGGCAUUGGCGCGAUCCUGUGUGGCCUCGGCCUCUACGUCUCCGGAAAAGCCAUCCACGAUAAUCCCAGCAGCGCGAGUUUCUCGUGUGCUGCAAGCAACUAA